GAUGAAACUUGAAGAAGCUGCCAAGAGUUUGGAGUAAAACUCAUCUCCAGACUGAACAGACACAUACGGACCUCACGACGGGUCUGUAACUCACCGUGACUAGACAUGAACACCAUGAAGAUCCUGGCGCUGCCUCUUCUCGUCACUUUAAUGAAUAGUCCUGUCUUCGUGUCAGUGACAGUAAGCAGCAGUAGACCCAAAGUGGAGGUCCACGAGCACACAGAUGCUGUGCUCGCCUGUGAGUUCAGGACAGAGAAAGAUCCGAACCCUCGAAUUGAGUGGAAGAAGAAAGGAAAGGAAGUGACUUUUGUGUACUUUAAUCACAAAUUUACGGGGUCUUAUGCAGAACGGGCAAAGAUGGAAGGAGCGACGCUGACGAUACACUCUGUUACUCAGAAAGACUCGGGGGAAUACCGCUGUGAGGUGACUGCCAGCGAGGACCACGUCAACCUCGGGGAAGCCACUGUAACCCUCAAUGUGCUCGUGCCUCCUCACAUCCCGUCCUGCGAGGUGCCGAGCUCUGUGUUUGUGGGCUCAGGCCUGGAGCUUCUCUGUAAGGACAAACUCAGCGUGCCUCCUGCCACCUACUGCUGGUACAAAGACAACAAGGCUCUGACGGCCACGGAAGAUUCUCUAUACAGCGUCGACACAGACAAGGGCACACUGAAGUUCAAGAGUGUGUCCAAGACAGACGCAGGGAUGUACCGCUGUGAAUCCUCCAACAGCGUUGGGGCGCCCAAGAGCUGUGUGGCCCAACAACUGAAAGUUAUUGAAUAUCCUUUGAAUAUGACGAUUUUGAUAGCAGCUGCUGCAGGUUUUGUGACGCUCGUCCUUUUCUGCUGCAUCAGUGUGUGCGUCUGCCGACGCCGAGGCUGCUGCAGGAAAGACAAGAAAAUAAAAAGCACCAAGUCCUACAACCCUCCUCCUCCUCCUCCUCCCAUCCGCAAUGGGAGCCGGACUGGGGAGACUGGGGAGACGGACUGGGGAGACUGGGGCUCCGACUGGGGCUCCGGGGAGCCGGACUGGGGAGACUGGGGCUCCGCCUGGGGCUCCGGGGAGCCGGACUGGGGAGACUGGGGCUCCGACUGGGGCUCAGGGGAGACGGCCUGGGGAGACUGGAGCUCCGACUGGGGCUCCGGGGAACAGGACUGGGGCUCAGUGGAGAUGGACUGGGGAGACUGGGGCUCCGACUGGGGCUCCGGGGAACAGGACUGGGAAGACUCUCGGAGACGGGGCUCCGGGGAACAGGACUCAGAUGAUGACCCAGCGGGGUCAGGAAAUGGUGAUCGCUGGCGUUCGGCAGCAGGGUCAGGAACUGGUGAUCGCUGGCAUUCGGCACACAGGACUCAGGCUUUAGCUGUGGCUCGGAAGCUGAAACCAGAGGUAGCUGCGACACGGUAG